AUGUCGUACCAAGCUGACAGCCGAGUCUCCCCCACAUCUUCUUCCUCUUCUCCAGGUGCUGAGACUGAACACGAAGAAGACAUUCAAUUCCCGGACCAUCAGCCUUCAUCGCAGUCCUUGAGCCUACCCUCCCGACCCUGGGGGUUCCUAAGCUUGCACCGCGCGGUUCAGGACGUACUCUUGCCCCCGCCGGUGGUCGGUGGCCGUCGUUUUCGCCGAUCUGGCUCACGGUCUCGCCGUGGAGCUCGAAGCCCCGUCGAGCCAUUCAUUCCGUCGCCGUUGCGGGCUGUAUCGUCGGCCAUGUCUGCAGCAAAUUCCCCAGAGAGACAACAGGCCGAUACCGAGGAUGUUCGGCGUAGAUCAUUUGAUCAGCCACCGCUAGACGACCGUCGAGCUUCCACUGCUCAGGGACCUGAAAUCGAUGAUGAUGCCAAGUCGGAUAUAUCAACGGUCUCAUCGGAGAAAACGGGGUCAAAAAAGAAAACCGCAGGACGGAAGGCAAUGGCCGCUGUCAUGUCAGGGUUGGAGGGGCGGUUGUUUCCUCGAAGUUUGAGUCGUGGGCGAGAGUCCAGUCGGGGGUCGUCAAGUCGCCGGAGUUCUUCGCUGGACCUGCGUUCUCCCUCAUCUGACGCACGACGUAGUCGUUCGGUUUCCCCCACCAAUCGCUCAUUUCAAUCUGAAUCACAACCCAUCACCCCUACCACCUCAAAAACAGGAAGCGCACUCAAAAUGGAGAGUACUCACAACAAAUCCGACGAGGCCCUGGUUAAACCCUCUGGCAGUAUGCCUACCUACGUGCAGCCAGCUGAACAUGGUGAAUCUGGAGAGCGUCUCGCCAAGGACGUCUUCGAUCGUGACAACAACAUCAUCGAAAGCAGCAGCGAGGAUGAUGAUGAUGGUGAUGACGAUGAAAGCGACGAGGACGACGACUAUGAGGGAUCUGGUGACGACGAACCCAUUCCUGGUGUGACCUUUGUAACCGUCGAUCGAGGCCGCAAGGACAAGAAGCGUGACGACAUCACCAAUAUCACCGCCAGCGACUUCAACAAGCCGAAGGACACCAACCCCACUACCACGGAGCAGCAGCAACAAGCCCCCAAGCGCAACAUUCCCGGCAUGGACAAGAAGCCGCGAAAGUCGGUUCUGAAGACUGUCAUUCGUCCUCAGACCAACUACGAGAUCCCCACUCCGCGCGCCCGAUCUGCAGCUGGUACUCCAUGUGGAUCAGAUGACGAAGAAGAAGAGGCCGCUAUCAACCGUGCCCAGGGACUCAGCAUCUACGUGUCCACGAUCGACAACCGCGUGCCCAACCGCUCCAUCCGCACCAUCGUCCGUGGCGAGUUUGACGAGAUCCAGAAGGAAGCCGACGAGGGUCGACGCCGCCAACGCAAGUACCUCGUUGCCACCGAUCUCAGUCAAGAGUCUGAGUACGCCCUGGAGUGGACAAUUGGCGGCCUUUUGCGCGACGGCGAUACCAUGUAUGCGAUCUACGCGAUGCAUGAGGAUGCUGCCACCUCCUCCGUCCAGGUCGGUGAAGGGGCCAAGGCCAUGCAGGAUACCAUGGCUGUCGUCGGCAGUCAGACCAAGGAGGUCUCCCGCGCCGGCACUCUCAACAUCCUGGGCCGACUGAGCUCCGGUGUCUCCAGCAAGGCGGGCUCUGUUGAUGCGCGUGCCUCGCCAGCCGCAGAGGCAGAGCGAACCCGGGCAGUCGAGAAGAUCUCGGACAUGUGCAUCGGGUUUCUUCGGAAGACGGGCUUGCAGGUCCGUAUUGCCGUGGAAGUCAUCCACUGCAAGAGUCCGAAGCAGAUGAUCACUGAGGCCAUCGACGAGCUGGAACCGACCCUCGCAAUCGUGGGUGCUCGCGGCCAAAGUGCCUUGAAGGGAGUCUUGCUCGGCUCCUUCUCAAAUUACCUCAUCGCCAACUCUUCGGCUCCGGUGAUGGUCGCCCGCCACAAGCUCCAGCGCCAGCUGCCAAAGCAGCAGGCGAACGCGAGACUCGCCAACAACCUCAACCCCUCGAAGACUCUCUUGGGAAAGCUUGAGGCUGAGGCCAAGGCGAAGGCAAACGCCACCACCGGGGCCCCGGGGAAGCGGUGGUAA